CGUGAUGGUUAUUGUUUCGCGUCGAUUACGUUUUUUCAAAUUUUAAUAUUAAAAAUUCGGGGAGAAAUUAUUUUUUCGUUUUCGUUCAGGCACAUCCGUUGGAACAAUUCAACACUCUAGACUACUCUGUUUACUUUAAUUUUUCAGUUUAUUUCAUUUUGUUUUUUUUUUGUUUUUUUUUUUAUUGAAGUAAUUGGAGUUGUUUCGGUGGAGGAGUGAGUUCGAGGGUUUCUAGUGGAAAUAAAGUGACGAAUUUUUGACAGUGGAAAUUUCAUCAAUGGCCAUUGGUUACAUUACAGCAGAUGGAUAAUUCUAGUGUCUGUGAUUUAAAAAAGGCAGUUUCGUAAUCGUGAAUAUUGUGGUUUGUGAUUGUUGUCGAUGGGUCAGGCUUUUGGUGGAAAAUUGUUUUGGAUUGGGUAAUUUUGUGGGUGAAUUAUUAUGUUUGAUCAACAGUGACUGAUAAUGCACGUUGUAAAACCCCAGGUUUAAAAGCACCACCAUUUUCCUCCGAUGAUUGAAUAUACAGAUCAUGUAAAGUGUACAACGAGAUAUAGUGCUUAACUUGAUUACAUUUGUUGUUUGGGGUGAGAUUGGCUGAGUAAGACGAGUAUCGAAGAGUCAUACAUACGUACAGCUUAUUGAGGUGGUGCAAGUUGGAUAAUGCUCCCGGCACGAGGGUAGAUGUACCCUCUAUCGUAGAAAAACGAAACGAAAAUCUACCCGGUUCACUUUUAUUGUUUCUUUCCUAUUGACGUGCAAUGACACUCGUAUAAUGUCUGCGAAUAUUCUCAGUCUUUCUCGGUAUUCGUUGUUUCUCUCAUUUUGAUCGUGUCCAUUUUAUUAUUUUAACUCUGCGUCGACAGUGACCAUAUCGAAGAACAGAACAAAAAACAACUAAACGUACUCCUCACAUAUUUUUAAUGUGUUAUCUGAUGUGCUUGACGAUUUAAUUCGUAAUGUAGAAGUAGAGGACGAGGAAAACGAAAAGUUUAAACAGUGAAUGGAGUGAAAAAAAAUGACAGUACAAUCACGUUACCCAGGAUAUCCGUGAUUUAUGUGCAUUAGUUGAAAUUGUUAUCAUUCGAGGAACGCAAUGUCGAAGAUGUAUAAUGGAUCAGCAACAUCCACGAUGGACGUGACAAUACAAAAGACAACUCCACAUGGCGACUAUAGGUAUCAAUGGAGGAGACGACACUGGACAAGAUCUGUCAUUGGCACAUGUUUUAUCUGGUGCUGGUUGGCAUUGAGUAGGUGUACAACAGCAAUGUCAACGACAAACUCGUCACUGGGUUCUACGUUGAGGCCGUCAGCGACUACCGAGAUAGUUUAUCAGAGAUUUGCAAUUGAGCCCCAGGAUCAGACCGCCGUUAUCGGCAGCCGGGUCACGCUACCAUGUCGUGUACAAGAUCAAAAGGGCCCCAUCCAGUGGACGAAGGAUGACUUUGGCCUCGGGGCUGUCAGAAAUUUGACUGGAUAUGAACGUUAUUCCAUGGUUGGAAGCGAUGAGGAGGGGGAUUUCUCGUUGCAAAUAUUUCCGGUGGAAUUGGAGGACGAUGGGAAAUAUCAGUGCCAGGCUUCACCCACCAAUGAUGGACAACCUGGACUCAGGUCGAGAUUUGCACGUUUGAGUAUACUUGUACCACCUCAGAGGCCCAAAAUACUUCAGGGUGAUUUUCUCGUUACUACAGAGGAUCGGGAACUCACCCUCAAAUGCAUCAGCGUCGGUGGAAAACCCGCGGCAGACAUCACGUGGAUUGAUGGACUGGGUAAUGUUUUACACUCGGGUAUUGAGACGUCAAUUGAAAAGUACGAGGAUGGGCCAUUGUUCACCGUUAAAUCAGUGCUGAAAGUUAUGCCAAGGAAGGAGCAUGAUAAUACAACCUUCACCUGCCAAAGCCAAAAUGCAGCUGAUCGCUCACCCCAGAAUGUUAGAAUUAGAGUGGAGGUCCGUUAUGCCCCAAAAGUUUCGCUUAAAAUCCGUUCGGGUUUAUCCAAAAAUAGACGAAUCGUCGAGGGCUCGGAACUGAGAUUCAGAUGCCGUGCUGAGGCUAAUCCACCAGAGAUGGAGUACAGGUGGUACAUAAACGAGAAAACGGUAAUAGGUGACUAUACGACAGAGAUGAUAAUCCAUAAUGCCACCCGGGAGCUACACGAUGCCAUCGUAAAAUGUGAAGUUCACAACGAGGUCGGCAAAAGCGAGGAAACAGAAACCCUGGAUAUAACUUAUGGCCCCCAAUUCCGUCAUCCUCCGGUAUCCGUGGAAACGCAUUACGGUGCAACGGAGAUUCUUCAAUGCGAUGUUGAUGGUAAUCCAACACCAGAGAUCCUGUGGAUCCACGAGGAUUCAGACAGGAUAGUGGCAACUAGUCCAAAUAUAAGUGUAGCAGUGAGUCCCGAUACAUCUGGACGUUACUACUGCAAAGCACAUGUGGCUGGAUUUCAAGAAUUGACUGGAUACGCCAACAUCUUCAUUCGUGCACCACCGAGCAUUGUAUCACAAAGGACCCAGUAUGUGCCGGAUGAGGGUGUAGUCAAGGUCAAAUGUACUGCGAUAUCAGUGCCAAAAGCUGAUUCCGUUGUGUGGAGUUUUGCUGGUCGUGAGCUAAAUUUCUCAUCAAACAAUACGCCGUUCUACGUACAGGAGGAGUAUACACCAGAGAGAGUUGUCAGCACUGUUACCCUUUUAGAACCUAUAUCGACGUACUUUGGGGAUUACAAUUGUACUGUUACCAAUAGUUUUGGUACAGACUCAGUCAUUAUUAAACUUACGACUCAUGCGUUGAUUCCAGUCGAUUGGCAACUCAUCCUGAUAAUUGUUGGACUGGUGGUCUGUCUCAUACUCAUUGGCAUCAUCAUAGUUUUGAUUUUACACUGUCGUGAUCGAAUCAAACAGCCACGAAUCAGAUCAGCCCAGACUGCCGAGAACGACAUGCGUAAGUAUCAAGAGACAGACUCAAAUGCAGAUCGGUACCGUGAAAGUGAUCGCAGUAGCAAUCUCUCAGACGUCAAGGCAGAUAUACGCGCUGGUUCUAGCGUGAGCAACGCAGAAAGCGUGACCGCUCUAGACAGCGAGGGUGAAGGUAGCACAAGGGGUGUAAACGCGUUGGCUCUAGCUGGCCCAGUGCCUAAUCCACUUGGUUAUCGAUACAGCGCCGACUACACGGAGCCCUCUUUUCCACCAAAGAACACAGACGGCAGUAAUAACAAUGGUUAUGUGCCCUAUGUCGAUUAUACGAGGGACUACAUGCCACCCAGCACACAGGGAAUUGGGGCAUCGCGGGAAUCACUCAGUCGUAUACCCUCAAGUGGUAUAUUGGCAUCGAAGAAAAUUGGCCUGAGUUCGGCCAAUUUGGGAAAUACCACACCACAAACUACAUCAAUAAUCGAUCCGAGAUUCUCGGCUGCAUAUGGCAAUCCAUACCUCAGAAUGUCAGCAGCUGAGCAACUCAGGCACGCACCCCACACGGCCAUACCGGGAGUGACACCAGCUCCACCCCCGUACACUCAGGCCAUGCGGAUGAAUAGCCUGAGCACCCUCAACGGUGCCGGACCACAGGCGCCCCUAUCAGCUCAUUACAUAACCGGGGGUCCAAAUGGUGGUGUAGCGACAGUCAAACGUGCAUCUGGCACAGGUACACUAGCAACGCAUGUAUGAGAUCAGGAUUUCAAGUAGAAUCUCUCGUGACGAGAUUACUAUUCCAUUGAUAGCCUUGCUCAUGAUAUUGCCAGUGCUCCAAAGACAUAUUCAUCCGUAAACACACCCCAUCCUCAUCAUCUCAUUGGAGUCGAAUGUCGAAGUCGCUAAAUUUCGGUGGCUCACCAGUGAAACAGUGGAGGAGCUUUCACAUAAAGCGCAUUGACGCACUCGAACUAAUUGAUGUAUUACACCAAUAACAUAUUGCAAGUGAUCACCAUCGUGGACUCAAUUGAAAAUACCGUUUUUGUGAAUUAAGUGAAUAAAUGAAAUGGAACGGUAACCGAGAGCUUUAAGAAGACUCAAAACCAAUACACGACUGCAGCUAAUGUCACUCGACACGAGACAAAUACUAAAAUAAUCGCAAAACUUCCUGAACUUGAUAAGCCCGAGACACAUGAGGCCAAAAAAUUCAAACUCAUGAUUGUAAAUAUGAGAUUUGGGGGAAUAUCUUGUGAGCCUGUCUCACAGAGCUCUAAACAGCAAUGCAUAAUGAGUGAUGUUGAUGAAACUAAGGGUCAAAAUUGGGGUGGAAAAUUACGAGAAUGUGAUUUCAACUCAAUUUUCGGUCGACAACGAUUUAUCCUUCAUUGGGAUUUAUUGAGCGGAUGGAGUAUCAUCUUUAUUGGUAGAGGCCACUUGAUAUUGACAAUCUUCGACUUAUUAAACGUUAGAAAAUCGUAUGAACUACUGGAACUUACAUUCACUGCCCUUUUUUUGACUCACAGGGAAAGACAUCAGGUGUGUCUCAUCCAUUGUCUUCGUUUUGUUGUGUUAUUGUACACAUUAAAAUGGUUAUACACGUAUUUUUUUUUUACAACCACCAGCCAACAAAAUGGCCUGUAAAAGUGACCCUUGAAAAUAGCUUUUUUAUAAGUUUGAAAAUAGUGUACAGCAUUUUGUAUUAAAUUUUGAGCACCUUUACCGAGCAUUAAUUUGCAAAAAAGUAUAAAAUGUUGUGCAGCUCUCGUGAGAUUGUAAAAAAUUGUUAUUUUCAAGCGUCACUUUUACAGGCCAUAGUGUCAGUUAUAUGGCCAAAUAACCGUGUACAAAAAUACGUGUCUAUCAAUUUAUUGCGUAAAAUGGCAUAGAACGAGAUGAAGAAAAUGGUUGAGCUACAGCUGGGGAUCUUUCUUUGUCAAGGAAACUGAUGAAUUCAUUCUAGAAUUUCGUUCUCUACUCAAGGGUUCUUCGUGAUAGUGAUAUUAUUAAAGUAAAUGCACCGUUCAAAAUUGCCUGAGGACAUUCAACUAUUCGAUUAGUUGAGCCGUUUAAUUAUCAACUUUGUCUUAGUGCAGAUGAAGAUAUCUAUUGAAAAUUAUUAGACAAAGACCUUGAUGUUUGAAUUAAUGUGAGCAACCCCUAAUUUGGGUGCGUGAAAUACUCAAUUUCUUAUGGAAGGGAAGUGAGUUUCCAUUGGCCUGAAUCUAUUUGAAGAAAAUGGGCAUUUCCUUUCGUAAAAUAUUUCAAAUUGAAAAGGAGAGUAAACGCGACAGAGAGCUUGCGGGCUUUCUAUUGUCGUUGUAACGUAGAUAGAUAAAAAUCAUUUAGAAUUAUAUGAAUAUUAUAUUACAGAACCUGUUGUCAAUAUGAAUAUAGAGCCUAUAGUUUGAUGGCACUAAAGAUAAUUUUAUUGAAAUGAGCCACAUUUUCUUGGGAGUGGAAAAGGCUUUGUGUAAUAUAUGUAUACUACAUAAUGACGAUAGAUACUAUCGAGAGAGAAAAAAAAAACAUUUCUAAUGUGAUUUUCCUUGUUGUUUUUACCGUGCGAAUAUCAUUAUGCAUCAUUAUUCAAUAUGCAGCAUAAAUUUGAUUUUUUUCGUCGGUAUAAGUAGUUUUUCCCCCGUGCAAAAUGUAAAAUAUUUUCUACAUUCACCUGAAUUCUCAAAUCUAUAUUUAUGAAUGAUAGAAUAGAUACGGAGCCCUCGAUGAAUUGACUAUCGCAUCGAUGAAUUUAAAUUAUGAGAAACACAAUUUCACCACUUUUUUUUUAUCGUUGUGAUAUUAUUAUUAUUAUUAUUACUAAUGAAAUUUGAAUUGAACUCUCUGAAUGGGGAUUAAUAGAGUGGGAUAAUCAUUCGAGUUCGAUUCGAUGGAAAUAAUAAUGUUGAAGUGAUGAGAUUGUGCGACAUUAAAUUAACAGUGGAAUAAAUAACCAUUGACAGAGUUUAACGAAACAGGGUAGCCUAUUCAAUUAUCGAAACAAUUCGAGAGGCUGCGUUAUUGAAAAAAGGCAAGGGAAAUCCUUUGGAGAAUUGAGCAAAUAAUAAAUAACAGGGAUUGUGCGAUUGUAACGAUAAUUAUGAAAAAUCAUCCUCCAUUUUAUAUUCGUGAAAAUUGCGGAAGAAAAAAGUCUCUUUACACUAUUUACGUCUGUACCAUAAUGUGUGUAAAUAACUGAAAUUAUUGCUCACCGUAUUUUGUAAGUUUAGUUAGUAUUAAGACUAUGAGUCACUGGUAAAUACCAUUUCUCGCUAAUUUAAGUGGAAAUAUUUCCGAUGAAAUGUGUGCAAGUUCAAUAUUUCUCACGAGGGAAAGAAUAUUAUUUCCUGAAUAAUUCUCAAUGAGAAAUUAAAAUGUGGUGUCAGUGAUGAAGGAAAAGAUUAAUAAAUCGUGCAUUCGGGCUUACGAUGUGUCUUUCGAAUGAUAUAUCGUCCUUCUUAGCGACAAAAUUUAAGUGCAAUUGUUUGAACUCUAUAUAUUAAUGAAGAAAACAGCGAUUAUGAUGAUGAUAAUGAUGAUGAUGAUGAUAGAAUGAAAUUUCAGUUAUCGAAUGAACUCGACGAUUGGAAUUCAACGAAUUUCUCAAAUCCUCUCGUCGAGUUGUCCCGGGCUUUAUUGUACUGUGUUUUCGAUCAUUGCAAGAUGAGCAAUUAGUUGAAAAAAAAAAUUUAAUGAAAAUUACGUACAGUGUUUAUGAUGACGUUAACUGUUAAAUAUUUAAUACGUUUUUGACAGUUUGAUUAUGUGUGAUCUGCAAGAGAAAGUAGUUACGUAGUCACAUUUAUUUCGGCUACGUACCAAAUGAAAUAUUUGCAAUACAGGUUCUAGGGAUAUUUUGCUUAUUGGAAUUUCGAAUGAAGUGAUUAAACAAAUGUAUAUAGGUAUUGAAAAAUGAUUCGUUAUUGGUCAUUUUUACAGCAAUUUCAUCUCAUUUCCAAGGGGCAACGAUCGAUUAUACAUCAUCUUUAAUGUAAUGUUUCUAAUUUAUUGAAACUUUGUAGGUCAAAAAAGUAUACUGAGAGGUAAAAGUGGUAAUGAGAAAAAUAAACAAUCAAUGAAUGGGAUGAUCAGCGGUUAUGUUAAAAUUAGAAAGUUUAUAUAAGUUUUGACUAGUAGAGGAAAUUUUACGCCUUCUUAAACCCGCCGAUCAUCCUGUAUUACUUAAUCGGUUAUCUGUCAAUUAUUGAUUAAAUUAUAUAAAUUUUUAGUAACUUCAAAUGAAUCUGGCAUGCAUGUCAAAUUUUAGCGGUGUGAUUCGUUAUUUCAAUGCCGUUAUUCAUUAAUUUUCAUCUCGACUUAUUAAUUUUCAAAUAGAAUUCUAUAGUGAGUAAAACGUAAAGAGACAAGUGCAACAUUUUUAUCGUUCGUAUUAUUGACUCUAUAAAAUUUGAACGAUGAAUUUUCUUUUUCAUACGCCAUAUUCACCAGAUCUGUCAUUUUUACGUCAACGAAACGCUCUAAAUGUGAAUGUAUAACAAAAAUAUUUGGUUAAAAAUAUCGAGUAUCACUUGUUACGUUUUACCACUUUAAUAUUAAACAUCAACGAGUGCAAGUGUUUAUCGAAAUUCAAUUAUCAACAAAUCACUAAUGAAUUGAUUUAGAUGACUGAUGCGUCUAAUUACGAAUAUUUUGAUCUUAUGAGGAGAGUAAAACGACUCAUUAUCGCCUAAUCAAUGGAUAAUGGACACGAUCUCCACGCGAGCAGAAAGACAUUAAUCUAUGAAAUUGUUUUCAACAAAUUUCUUUGGGACAAUUGGUGAAAAUAUUUCAAAGUCCAUGAUUUUUUUCUCAAAAACAUACCCACACAUUCUAUUUCUCAAUUUCAAUACGCGUCAAACAGCCUAUUGUAAUAUUUUGCAAAUUUUAUUCUCAAAAACUAGUAUUUGUAUCAAAUAGUGAUUAUACCAAAAGUAUCCCCAAUUUAUUCUUCAUUUGUCAAUCUCAAAAAAACAAACAUGAAAAGUAUCUUUAAAAAUUUCAUUAAAGUAUAAACGCCUUGCAUUCAAUUAUCAUCCGGCAAAAUGUGACUUUUAGAAAAAAAAAAGGGAAAAAAAAAGUUUAUAAAAACGAAUACAUUUGCGUACUUAUAUCAUAUUGAUACUGAACAUAAUCUAUUUUAAAUUUGACUGAGCAACAUAGAAGAUGAUAUAAACUGUAUAUUUUUAUCGGUGUUAAGCUUUCCACUCAAUAACAGUAUAGAAAAUAUUAAUAAUUCCAACCCCUCCCUUUAAAAUCACAAAUUGAAAAGACUCAUUUCCAUUUGAUAACGCACCAUUGCUAUCAUCGAAUUGUUAAUCAAUUCUUGGUUAAACGAAAUACAACCGAAUGAUUUUAUCUUGAUAUUUGAAAUGAUUAGGAAUCAGGCGUAGCCGGAAAUAUUGGCUGAAAGCUCAAGUACAAAGUGUCACUAAUACUACUAUUUUCAGCCCCUCCCUCCUACCGCACAAAACUCAUUUGAACUUCCAUUGAACUGGAAGUAAAUAUUAGAUUAAUUUCGCGUCAAGUCUCCUUUUUGCAACGUCUACACGUCUGGAAAUUACAUGAACUAUGAACUUGAAUAUUCGUUCGCGGGAAUGAGCAUAAACAUUUCAUGCGUAUGACUUGUUUCCAAACCGCACUGUUCAAUUAAAUUCCCUCACCCUCUACCCCCUUGGCCUCACCCUUACCUCUCAAUAUUACAAAAUUUUCGUACCCCCAAUGCCGGCGCUCAAAGGCUAUUCACUUCCCUCAGCAACCUUCAUUACACAUUCAGAUGAGCGGAUUCAUAGUUCUUUGAUGAAUUUCCACGUGCACCGCACGUUUCCAUUGCAUAAUCAAUCCUUUCAACCAUUCAACAUAUUCGCGGCCUCAAAUCAACUUUCACUUCAAAGAAUUCCAUUUCUAUUAUUAUUUCCGAGGUUUUAAUGUUGCCAAAUAUAUAUUUUUUAUUUGUUUCGUCCGGAAUAUCAAUUUGAAAAAUUAACGCUAGCUUGAUUAGUUGUUUGUUCAAUUUUUAAAACAAAUUCAAAAGUUCUCCACCUAGGAACUAACGUCUGUUGAAAAAUUGUAUACAAUGAAUUUUUCGCGCUGCAAAAUAUUUCUUUCAACAUUUAUUUUACUUUCAAUUCUUCUUGCUAUGUUUGAGUAAUGAAUGGUCGAUAAUUGGACGCCCAUUUUUUGGAACAUUAAAAACUUUUGUAUUCAUAAUUUUUUCAAGUGUCCAAUAAUAAUUCUGUCAUAUUUACGAAUUGAAUUUGCUGCACGUUAUCCUCUGAAAUUGUAAAUUCCCUGAUGUUUUACCAGUACACAAAUUUCCCUCUCUAAUCCUUCAACAGCCUACUCAAUAAUAAUUCCAAACUAGCGUAAUGGAUGAUGUCAAUUUACGUAUAGAUAUGUGUAAUUUAAAGAAACAUAGAAAUUAUUGAUUUUCUAUAAAAAACAGCAAUCACUUGAGAGUUAACAUUGUACAGUGAGUGCGAAACGAUAACAUGAUAACGAGAUGAGACAAAAAGAAAUAAAAAAUUGAAUGGGAAUACGACAUUUUUUUUAACGUUGAUUAUGGAAAAAGUUGUAACAUAAACUAUGUAGUAGCCCUCCGAUGUUUUGCAUUGUAAAUAUGCUGACUAUCAGUGAUGAUAUAGCAGACCGACGAAAAGUUUUUUAAAUAAUGGUAUAUUAUGACGGCAACUUGUACAAUAAAAUCAUUCAUGUCUGUAUGAUAUUAAGAUUUUAAUGCACAAAGAAUUAAAAAAAAAUGGAAAAACGAGAGAGCCACUGCUUAGAAAAAAAAAGAAAGGAAAACCUAUUCCAUUAAACUGUAAUCCAUGUCAAUUCUUUAAAUGAUAAAUUAAUCGGCAAUUGCUUACGAGGGUAAAAUACAUUUUUAUUCGAUAAGAAAUUUCAUUUGAAAACUAAAACUUCCUCUGGCAGUGGUGCUCAUGUAUCACUCGUACGAGAUCUUCCGUUCGUCCAAAACUAUCGAAUGAAAAAUCAAUUAUUAAUUUUAUAAACACACAAACAUAUCGUAUUCAAUAUUAUCAGUGUGCCAACAAUUCCUUUUACUUUUUUCCCUCUUCAUUUGUAUAUUUGAUGAUUGAUGUCUAGGUUCUCAUCGUUCUAAUCUCCCUCACAAACUUAAUUCAUUCAUUAACUUAAUUAAAAGGAAUAGCUUUAGCAUUUUUUUUGUCUUCUGUCAUUGACGAUUGAGAUUUUGUCUGAUUAAUACUGUUUCUGUUGCCAAAGAAAAAUUUAUUUUACGUUAUUGAAUGUAAAUUUUUUUUUUUACUAUAUACAUAUUAAUUUUCUUCCUUUGAUUUUAACUGUGUACUCGGUACGCAAUGGCAAUAAAAAUAAAAAAAAGAAAACGAACAAACAUGUGAAACUGUUGAUUCAAGUGCUUUAAUUUUUUAUAGAUACUUUUAUUUCCGUAAUAAUGACGUUUAAUUAAAAUACUUUAUGCGAAGCCAUUCUUGCGCCGUAAGGAUUUUUGUAUAUUUUUAAUUUAUGAUUUUCAUGUAUUUACAUUAAUAUUUAUAGUCUUGUAUCGAACUCAAUUAUGAGAAUUGUAUGAAUCACUUUAUUUUAUAAUAAUGUCGUAAUGGAAAGUUCUCUUUAAUUUUCAUUGAAAAACCCCCUGCCAUAAUCCACUAUAACGCAUCAUCAAGUAUUUCCAUUAAACAAGUAAUUCCAAACUAUCUUCGUAAACUUAACUGUGUGCAUUUAUUAAAUAUUUCAUUUCUCUUCCUCAAUCGUGCAAAGAAUGAGAGAUAUAUAGAAGUGAAUUUGAUGAUCUUUUGUAUUUUUACAAAGAGAGAACAAAACAAAGAGUUAAUAAGAAACAAAAAAUAAAGUAUUAAAAUCAUAACACUUUUUACGAGCCUGAUGCGUUGAAUAAUACAUAGUGAAUUUAUUGAGAGAGGAGUCAUAUUCAGCUUUACUCAUGAAAAAUUCAAAGUGGCAAUUUACUAAAACAAUGUGCAUUAGUCGAUGAAAAUUAUCGAAAUCUCAGUGUAAUUAAAUACACCGAAUAAUUGUAUUGACAUUUUGAUAAGAUUAAAUUUUACGAAAGGCAUAAUGUUUCUCAGUCACAUUAUGUUUCUUCAUUAUAAAUACGCUUCUCAUUGCCGUCAUAGAAAAAUUCAAGAGAAAAAAAUCAUAAUGCAAAAUCACGUGUGUCACUGUACGAAUUAAUUAAAACAACUCUUUAUGCGAGUCAGCGAGUGGAACUUUUGUUAUGGAGUGGUAAAUAAACAUUGGAUCGUCUUCAGAAAUAUAAUUUUUUUAUAUAAAAAAUGUCAAGGUCCAGUGGUGAAAUUGUUGAACAAAAUAAACGGAGCUGCGUAGAGAAUAUUGUGGAAUCAAGAGAAAUUCUCAGACUAUCGAGAUAUAAAUGGACUAUUUCCAUUCAAUUCCAAAAUAUUCUUGCGAAAAAACUAUCGAAGGGGCUCUUGUUGUUUCAACACUUCAUUCCUGCACUGGACCGAGAAAAUACCUACGUGAAUGUCUGUUAAUGUCAAUCUUUCAACAAUUGCGAGUGUGAGUGCGAUUUAGCGUCAAUUUAAUGUUUUUGCAUUAAAGUAACAGAAUAAAAAUUGUGCUGAAAUAAAAAAGAGGCACACGCCAUUCAAAGAUGAUAGACCUAUUCCCGCGUCAUAAAACUAGAGAAUAAAUUUUCAAAUGAAAAAUAUAAAAGACGCAAAGUGUGCCUGUUAAUACAAAGAAAAUAUAUAUAUUGAAUAUAAAUAUAUAUAUAUAUAUAUUGAAAGUAGAAGAAAUUUUUGUUUGUAAAGUGAAUUCAAUUAUAUUUGUAUAAAUUACAUAAAUGGAACUUGAAAACGUCCCAUUAACGGCGUCAGCGUAAUGUGCAAAUUACAUAAAUCAUUGAAUUGCAAUAAUGUGUCAGUAAGAAAAAAUAGUUAUUGUGCUUGACGAGAGGUGAUCAAUUGCUCACGACAAGAGGAAAAGAAAUAAUGUUGAAUUACUGCAGAAAAUAAAUAAAUAUAUAACAAAUCAUCUUUGCAGAGAAAUAGGAAACAAUUUGAUACUGUCGUUACUUGAAAGUUGAAAGAAAAAAAAAAUCUCAUGUUCGUCGUUCAUAUUUGGAAUUUAUCAAGUAGAAAAAAUUAGUAAAUAGCGCUGACAUUUUGAAAUAAAAUUUAAUAAAGUAAUAAAAAAUGGACGAGUGAAAGUGUGACAACUUUUUACACUUAAAUAACAUUUCCGAAGAUGAUCCAAACGAAAGAAUAAGGGAGAAAUAAACGCUCUUUGCUCACAAUUACUCUAGAAUAAAGAAUUAAAAGUGAAGAAUAAGAUUUUACUAUUAUUGCAUCAGUAAUGAAUGAUAAUUCUCCAUUCCUUUGAGAAGAAAAAAAAAACAAAAAGAAUUCUAUUACUAUUACUUUAUGAAACUAUCUGUACAUAAGUAUUUUGUAUUCCUCUGAAAAUAAAAAUAAAAGACACUGCUAAAUAUUUGUUAUUUAAUCCCUCCCUCGUGGGGGUAUCACUAAUAUUUUUAUUCGCAUUUACGUGUUAUAAAUUAUUUGUUUAAAGUUAAAUAAAUGAAUAAAU